AUGAGCCGACCAGACGAGGAAAACACCGGUGUCCGAGCCGGAGAUGGAAGCCGGGAUUCGUCAGUUGAUGUUGAGAAACUAGGCCGUCAACGACCAGAAGUGUUCAAGUCGAUAUGGUCUGAACUAGGGUUUGGGUUCUCUGUAUUCUGCUCCAUGCUGUUGGCAGAAUUCUUCGUCAGUGGAUUCCAUGUUAUCCUUCCACCAUUGUCUGAAGAGCUCGAAAUACCUGCUGCGUCGCAGACAUGGCCUUCAAGUGUUUUCUCCCUCGUCACAGGAGCCAUGCUGCUUCCUAUGGGUCGACUGGGUGAUAUGUAUGGUGGCUAUCUCGUGUAUAACGCUGGUCUAUUGUGGUUCUUUCUGUGGGCUCUCAUCGCAGGCUUCAGUAAGAACUACAUGAUGCUGAUCUUCUGCCGAGCUCUGCAGGGUCUUGGUCCUGCUGCGUACCUACCUGGCGGUGUUAUGCUGAUGGGGAAAAUAUACCGUCCUGGACCUCGAAAGAACCUCGUCUUUGCUCUAUAUGGUAGCUUCGCACCUCUCGGAUUCUUCUUGGGCAUAUUUGUUGGUGGUCUAUCCGCAGAGUUCCUCAAUUGGAGGUGGUACUUUUGGAUUGGUACUAUCAUCUUUGCCGUUGUGUGUGGAAUCUCACUGGUUGCCGUCCCCUUUGACUACCGCGAUCGAAAGGUCGAUAUCCCCAUGGACUGGUGGGGAGUUGGAACGAUUGUGCCGGGCCUUCUCCUCAUUGUUUACUCUCUGACCGAUAGCUCUCAUGCUCCCAAUGGUUGGGCGACGCCAUACAUCAUCGUGACAUUGAUACUGGGCGUCAUGUUCCUGACAGCAGCAUGGUAUGUUGAGACCCACAAGGCUCAAGUUCCAUUACUGCCGGCCGACCUCUUUGAGCCAAAGGGUAUGAAGCGUUUUUUGGCCGUUCUCUUCAUGGCCUUCGGUACCUUCGGACUCUUCCUCUUUUACUCGAGUUUCUACAUGGAAUUGGUGCUGCACAGAUCACCGCUCACCACGGCUGUCUGGUAUAUUCCCAUGUGUGUAGGUGGUCUCAUCAUCGGCACCGUAGGAGGCUUUACACUGCACUUCCUUCCAGGCCGCGUGUUGCUUUUCAUCUCGUCCAUGGCCAAUGCCAUCUGCAUGUUGCUGUUCGCCCUCAUGCCCGAAAACCCAAAUUAUUGGGCAUGGGUAUUCCCUAGCAUGGUCUGCUGUACUCUCGGCAUCGAUAUCACCUUUACAGUCAGCAACAUCUUUCUGACGACCAACAUGCCGAGCCACCGACAAGGACUCGCAGGUGCUUUGAUCAACAGUGUCCUUUUCUUAGGAAUCAGCUUCUUCCUCGGUAUUGCCGAUAUUGCUGUUGCAGAGACGUCAGAGCUGGGGCUUCGAAAAAGUUACAAGGUGGCAUUUUGGCUGGCAUUUGGUGUGGCAAGUAUUCCUUUACUAUUUAUUCCGUUCAUCAACAUCGGGUCUGCUAAGAGCGACCUUACAAUGGAGGAGCGGCAGAGAUUGGAGAACCCACAACGGUCAACGGAAGAGCCGGAGAGGGAUCGAGAAGCGAAGACUUCAGCAUGA